ACUCUUUCCCUUCGUAUAAAAAUAAAGAUUUAAAAAAGAUCAUCUUGUGUUUGAACAUUUCCAAUAUUUUUAUAUAAAAAGAGAAGUUACGUAAGCAGCCUCGAAAAGUAUUCCUAAAGAACAAUGUCAACACAGUCAAAACAAGGUGAUUUAGAAAGGCAAACUAGUGAUCCCGCCUCCUUGACUUCAGUCUGAAUGAACACGCCUCCGGACUCCUAAAACUUAAGAACUCCCGAGUGAGAAGGACAGACGGUCUCAGCCGGUGCUGAGUCCUCCAUCUGAGAAGCUCCUGGUUUAAAACACACCGGAUGGAAAAUGUCUGAGGCGGUCAAACCUGUCACGUCUUUCCUCAUCGAGGACAUUCUGUCCAGUAAAGGCUCAACAGGAUUUAAAGGUAAAUUGAAGACAGACAGAUGCUCUCAGCGGAAGGAGGAUUCAGAACAGAUUCCUCCUCAGGAGUAUGAAAAUCAGACAGAGUCUGUGGACACAUCCUGCUGCGGCUCCUCACAGCUGACUUUAACCUCCACAGGGAAGCAGAAGCGCUCCCGAGCGGCGUUCACCCACCUCCAAGUGCUGGAGCUGGAGAAGAAAUUUAACCACCAGAAGUACCUGUCCGCCCCCGAGAGGGCUCACCUGGCCAGCUCCUUAAGACUGACUGAGACCCAGGUGAAAAUCUGGUUCCAGAACAGGAGAUACAAAACCAAAAGAAAGCAGCAAACAUCCGAGCUGUGCAGGGAUGCUUACAAAGCAGACAGUCUGGGACUAAGAGAGGAUCUGGUCAGAUCAUCGCUGAUUACCUCCUUCUAUAAAGCCUAUCAAUACAGACCUUACCUUUGGGACUGCAGCGGCUCCUGGGCUCCAGCGUUGUGGUGAAAGUGCCUCAUGAUUCACUGUAUUAAAGCAGUUUUCUGUUUGACGAGGACUUCAUUUAUCUGCAGCUUCUGCAAACUGACAAAAAAUUCCUUAAAUUGUAAUCUCCUUGGAUCUGAUGUGGAUUUACAAAUCGAAGAAUCCCCCUGCUGAAUUAACAGUGUCUCCCCACAAAAAUAUGUGUGAAUCAUUCACAAUCAUGAUGUUUUUUUUGUGACAACAACACAGAUGAAAAUGAUUUUAUUAAACACAUUUUUUUAAUGUAAGUGUAAAUCAAACCAACAAAUGAGAGUCUCUUAAAGGGGCAGCAACAACUGUGGACUGUGUGUGAAAUCAUCAGCGUUUUGACAUUGUGGGUCUGAAAGCAUUUAAAGUAUCUGCAGUUGAACUCUAUGACUGCACUGAGAUAUGUGUGAUGUUGUCAGUGAGGGCUAAAGAAUGAGACCUGGUUCCUUUAAAGAGCCACUGAUCUGAUUACACAGAGAUAGUGAGUUUUCUACAGAUGAGAUCAUAAGGAGGGUAACUGUAAAGAGUUGAAGUCAGCAUUUGAGACUGUUUUUUUUUUUGUUUAUUUGUUUUUUGAUGUUUCUCCUUGACGACGAAGUGGAAAAUGCCCCAAAAGAACAACAAAUGUGUGUAAAAUCACAAAUAGAAGGACAGAAGCAAAAAGAAAAAAAUGUACCAAAAUAAGAAUCUUAGCCCAAAUCAGAGACAAGCUGUUUUUUUUCUAGAUAAGAACAAGUUAAAGAAGCGAUGUCAGUUUUUCAGUUACUGAGAAGUGAAGCGGAACGGCCAUCAUGUUCACCUCUUAAGGUAACGCACCAGUGAUAGUAUUGUAAAGCAGACAGUGUUGAUGGAUUGAAAAGAGAAGCAGAUUUUUUUAAAUGCAAAGAUGGAAAAAUAAGUUAAAAUAUUUAAGAGUGUGUGGUUCACAUACAUUCUGUUCUAUGUAAAAUUCUGCUUUAAAUAAAAGCAAGUGCUGACUGCAGAAAUGUGCUGAUGUGUUUCUCUGACUGCAUUCCAGACGCCAGAGGGCUCAGAAUCAAAUAGUUCAACAGAUAAUUUACUUAGGCUAUACUUUAAUAGGAAAACACUCCGACAAUAAUCAAUACCUCUACAAGCAUACAGGCAAUUUGGAGUUUGGUGUUUUGCUCAAGGGAUCUUCAGUUUUAUCAUUUCCAAUCAGGGUCCCUGGGUUGCUGGAGCCUAUCCCAUCUACCAAAGGGGAAAGUCGGGUAAAUCCUCAUCAGUACAUCUUAAAGUUGAACUUAAACAAAUGACCACACUCACCCAAGAAUCAGCAAAAAAAAAAAAAAGAUACAUCGCCCAUUGCUUGAACGUCCCAUUCCAACUAUAUAUUUUUUCCAUUGUAAAAUAGUUCCCUGUUGUCUUUUAGUUAUGAUUAUGUAGUUGUUAGCAAAAAUCAAAAAACCCGUGUCAUAUUUUAACUAAAUAGUUAAUUCCAGAGCAGCAGGAGCUCAUUAGAAUCUCACCUCUGACUGUUGACACAGAAGUAACCACAUUUAUAUCCCAGCAUUCCUUUGCUUACAUUCUCUCCCGCUAGCUUACAGCCUCACACACCGCAAGCUAACUCUAGCGUAGCAAAAAAAACAAAAACCCUCUCAUGCACGAGGAGAAAAUGAAACUCCACACAGAAAGGACCCAGCCGGGCUUCCUUCAGACUGUGGGAAUCA